CGGUAAACUGCCUGCUCGUAACGUUUUGUCACAGUGUGGGCAUUGAUUGUGUUGAAAUGGAACCGGAAAAGCCCGAUCCGAAUGCUUUCUCAUACGACCCUGAUAAGAAUUAUGAUGAAGCAACUAUGGUUCAACAGAGGCAAAUAGAAAAGCAGAUUGCAGAUGAACAUCCACUGGUCAGUGAAAGGUUGUCAUUUGACCAGUUAACAAAGGAGUACAUGGAAGAAGACAAAAUAUACCAAAGUAAAAUUGAGGAUCUACAGAGCAGAUACCAGUUUUUCCGCAAAACAAGGGGGGAUGGAAACUGUUUUUUCAGGGCUUUUGGCUUUGCUUAUCUAGAGUCUUUGUUAAAAGAUAGAUCAGAUUUAAAAAGGUUUAAAGAGGUAAUAACCAAAAGUAAAGACACUCUUGUAGAACUUGGCUUUCCACAGUUUACCAUAGAGGAUUUUCAUGAGACAUUCAUGGAGAUAGUGGAAAAAGUGGAAAAUGGCUGUACCAUACAGGAACUGGUGGAGACCUUCAACAACCAGGGUUUAUCAGAUUACCUGGUUGUGUACCUCAGGCUUCUGGUAUCAGGUCACCUACAGAAAGAGCAUGAUUUCUUCCAAAACUUCAUGGAGGGCGGCAGAAGUGUGAAAGAGUUCUGUAAUCAGGAGGUGGAGCCAAUGGGGAAGGAGAGUGACCACAUCCACAUCAUUGCCCUGACGUCCUCACUGGGUGUGGGCGUGUGUAUCGAGUACAUGGACCGUGGCGAGGGAGACAAGGUCACCAGUCAUCAGUUCCCCGACGGUUCACAGCCUGUUGUAUCACUGCUUUACAAACCUGGCCAUUAUGACAUCUUAUACAAAUGAUACACACAUCACCUAAAAACUUGCAUUUAAAAUGCAACUUUUAUCACUUAUAUUGUUUCAUUGUCAUUGCCAACAUAAUAAUACAUUAUAAUAUGGACUAAGCUAGACCCACAUGCCACAUGUAUUUUGUAUAGGAUUGCCAAAGUAGACUGAUUGUAACCAAAUUGUCCUCAGUGGGGAUUUGAAUCAGAUUUAUUAGAUGGCUUGUGAUUGAGCGUUUACAGGUCAGGUUGGCCCAGAUUUUCUAUUGAGAAAAUGUGAUUCAUUGAAUGCACUGACAGCAUUCAGCAGUGUUGUAACCUGUUAACUGCCAUGUGAUGCUAGAAGAAAGCUAUAAAGCAGAACUGUUAGGGAUGAGAUUUGAAUCUUGUUUGGUUAUGCAUGCAGCAUGUGAAUGUAGUCACAAGCCAGUUGGAAUCAAGAUUGGCUUAUGGAUCCACACAUCUUAUUUUGUUGUCAGCAACACUACUUGACUUGCAUCAAUUUAACAGAUUUAAAAGUUGUAGUUUGCUGUAUUUUGUGUAACAUAGUGCAACAUAAUAUGCUUACAUAAUCAGUUGUUCUGGUUUCGUUACAGCAAUAAAGCACAAGAUUUGUUAUGUAUGGGGCAAGGGUCAGUGGUGUACUUUAGUCAUGGCAUCCUUUUCUCCUCUACUCACAAACCAAACCAUUGUCCUAAAUUAACAUGAAUAUCUUUUUUCACAAUCAAAUAAAAAAAUAAUAAAGAAUUCAGAUACUCAUUGUGUAUCAUCAGUAUUAAAGCUGUGUUCAUUGACAAUAUUACAAUACUAAUUGUGUUAUUUCUGUUUAUAAAGUUGUUUUGUGCUCAUUUUUUCAUCUGCUCAUUUUUGUAUGAUUUAUUUGACUUGAAUUGCAAGUGAUUAGAUUGCAAAAAUACAGUAUGUAUCCGCUAUUUCUUUUGUUAUUUGUAGGUUAGUUUCGGCUCUGUAGUCUACUCAGUGUUAGACGAAAAUGUUUAUUCUUGAACCAAACAGGGUUCUACGUGAAAUGUAAAAAUGAUUUUGAAGGAAUUGAAAUCUGUUUGCUCUGGAAGUGUAUUUUUGUGCAUUUACUGAUACUUUCAGAAAAUAGAGAAACUCACCUUUAGAUGUGAUAUGCAUGUCAUGUUUUGUGUCUUGCUGUUUUGUGAAAACAGCAAGAUCAAAGUGUUAAGUUAGUUUAUGUGUAGAUAUUGUUGAGCACAGGUUUGUCAACCCUGUAGCCAGUGGUCAUAAUAUGUGCUGCUGUAACCUUAGAUCUGUAGCCUACUGCACUGUAUCCAUAAGGGUGCUUGAUGAACAACUGUGUUUUCGAAUUGCCAGUCUUCUAUGUUUAUGACCUGCUCAAUAAUUUCACAACAUGGAAUAUCUUCAUAUGGAUAAAUUCAUUUUUGUCUCAUAUUUUCAUGAGCAACAAAGAUAAUCUUUCAUACCUGAUAAUUGUUAAUGUUUUUAGCUGGCAGUGAUGAGUUUGCACGUGUUCGUGUACCUUUCAAGUCAGUUUUAUUCUAGGCCUACCAGAACGUGACAAGGGCAAUAUUAUCUCAUCUGCAUCAGUCAGAAAUAUUUUAAAGACCUUACAAAAUAAACUGCAUGGCAACUUUGGCACAAAGAGCUAAAGUAGAG